CAGGGGAUGCUGAAUAGUGAGCUCGGCGUCUCGGGGCAGAGCGAUGUGGCGAGGAGGAAAGGGCCACGGGAGCUGCUUGCCUUUUGGAUAAUACCUGUCCCUGCCGCGGGUCUCGUGCAGCGGCACUCUCCUGUUUGUGUGUGGCAUGCGGAGCCGGGGUUUUGUAUGGCAUUUGGGAGCCGAGCGAGGUCACACUUCCUUUUUUUAAAAUUCUUUGCUUUGGAAGUCUUUCUCAUGUGGAAGCACGCUGCUCCCUAACUCCUGGCUAAGCAGACUUCAGUUCACCAACUUUGCUGCCGUACAGCAGACGUAACUCCUUGACAGGAUGGCAGACAAAAGAACAGCUGGUGCAAAGCAAUAGGGGAUUCGUAGCAAGGAGGAGGAAAGAAGAUCACAGACCUUUCACCCGCGCCAUCGACGCCCGGCAGCUGUCAGAGCAGCAGUGGAAGGGACAGCUGAAGCCACCAUGCGCAGGUCUAGCACCGAUGAGUCGACCUAUCACAGGAGCCCUUCCCUGGACAGCAAGGAUUACAGUUUCCCAAAUGGCACCUUUCGUCGCUACAGCAGCAUGUAUGGUGGCCAGUUUGGGGCUGCCAGCAACUCUUUUUUUGGAUUCCACACCAACCCAGGCCCAAAGGCCACCAAGGCUAAGUACACGUCCCCCAAGGGAAACAAGUACGUUGUCUUUUACCUGGAUCUCUCAUUUAUUUUUCUCCUAGAACUGAAGAGGUGCAGCAUGGCUCACAACUGCCUGCAGUGUAUCAAGUACCUAAUGUUUGUUUUCAACCUUCUCUUCUGGCUGGGGGGCUGUGGAAUCCUUGGUGUAGGCAUCUGGCUGGCUGUUACCCAAGGGAACUUUGCCACUCUCUCCUCAUCUUUCCCGUCCCUGUCUGCUGCCAACCUACUGAUCGUCACAGGGACAUUUGUCAUGAUCAUUGGCUUCGUGGGCUGCAUAGGUGCCAUCAAAGAAAACAAGUGCCUCCUGCUGAGUUUUUUUAUCAUGCUGUUAAUUAUAUUUCUGUUGGAGCUCACUGUUGUGAUUCUGUUCUUCGUCUACACCGACAAGAUUGACAAGUAUGCUCAGCGGGAUCUGAAGAAAGGACUUCAUUUGUAUGGGACAGAUGGAAAUAUUGGCCUCACUAAUGCAUGGAGCAUCAUUCAAACAGAUUUCAGGUGCUGUGGAGUCUCCAACUACACUGACUGGUUUGAAGUGUACAACACAACCCGGGUGCCAGACUCCUGCUGCUUAGAAUUCAGUGAGAAUUGUGGACUUCAUUCCCCAGGGACCUGGUGGAAAGCGCCUUGCUAUGAAACUGUGAAAAUAUGGCUCCAGGAAAACUUAUUAGCAGUGGGAAUCUUUGGAUUGUGCACAGCUAUGGUGCAGAUUCUCGGACUCACCUUUGCAAUGACCAUGUAUUGUCAGGUAGUCAAGGCAGAUACCUACUGUGCAUAGAUACCAUUUCCCAGUCUUUCUGCUCCUCCUCCAAAGGACACAGGAGAAAUCUCCUUCAUGCUCAUUCAUCUGACCUUUCUCCCCCUCUUUGUACUAUGAACUGUGUAUAAUGCUAUCUUUCUGAAGAUUUUGUGAAUCACCCCACUUCACUGAAGGAGGAAGAAAAGAAAAAGUCAGUACUUGAACUGGCACAGGUAAGAAGCAGCCUUGUCUUUAAACAGAGGAAAACCUUCAAAGAGCAAUGUUUCCUUUUCCAUGGCCUAUGGCAAGACAAAGGAGGUUGCUUACAAGAGGCUGAUCUGCAAACCAAUGUUAGGAAAAGAUUGCACUGAGGCGACCUCUGAGAAACCUGCCAGGUUUCCUUCCCGCAUUUCACGGUCCGGAAGAGAGGAAGUAGAAAAUGCAUAUUCUUCAGCAAGAAGGUACAGAGUAGCUAGCACUGAAUGCAAUUGUAAUUUUACUACAGUUUGCCCACAGCUAAAAUGUCAAGAUCAAGCAGCCCUGCCUCCAAGUGUCUCAAAAUGAUUUUGUAGCCGGAAAGGAUCAUCUUCAGAAAUAUGAUGUUUUAAAGGAGUAUUUUUAAUCUUAUGUGCCGCAAAGUCAGGCUUUUAAUCAGAAUCUGUACAGUGAGAUCUGGCUGUUAAUGGAAAACAAUACUGGACAUUGCCUCACUUACUAAUUGCCAGUGGCAAUAGAUGGUUGACUGCAUAUGUUACAUAUAUUACAUUCAUUAACACAUACUUUUCUGAAAGGAAGUGAAAAGACCCAGCAUCUAACCUCAGAAAGAGGAAACCUUUCUAUCCUAUUUUACAUUCCAACUGAAAUAACCAAGUAUUAUUUCUUGUACAAGGCACUAUCACUUAUACCUCUGGGAAACAAGUAAUUACUUUCAGCUGUAUCUUCAUUUCAGUAAACAACUUAUGAGUGGGCUCUCUCUGUCAGUCUACUAUGGCUUUAUUUUUUAUCAUUCCUGUUUCAAGUUAGUCUGCCAAAAAAUAUCACUCAUUUCUGCACUUGAAGAUGUGUACAAAGCUGUCAGCUGUUCCUUCCCUGAAUGUCACCAUUUCAUUAAUUUACUUUGGGAUAUCAUCAUCUGCAGGUAUGACAGAGUUUACCUUGCUGAGGAAAAAUCUUUUGCGCAUUGCCCAUUUGUCUGAGAGUUAUUAAGACUUCAGAUGCUUUUAUGCUUAGCUUUUUUUUUUCUCCCAGCUGCACGCUGACAACAGCCAAGACACAUCAGUCUCUCUUAGAACUGGAGUCACCUCUCAGUACUCCUUUUCACAUGCAUCUUCCUUUGCCUAGCUGUUGGCUAGAAUAUACCCCACACUUUCUGAAAUAUCACAGAAUCACAAGAAUAUGCAGGAAUCAAAACCAUAACUUUCCUUAGCCAGGGAACAGCCACUUACUGUCCAAUUUCCCCACUCAUUGAUAACUAAAGUAAUUUCUGUAGUACCCUCCUGUGCACCCCUUCUAGCAAUGAGGUUAAGAAUCAGAUGUAUCAUAUUGUUCAAACAAAUAAUUCCCCACCAGCAAGUAGCCCCAGAUAAUGCAUAUGUGACAGGGAGAAGCUGGGAAAGGACACAGCAGGGAAGAGGCAAACAGAGUAAUGCAGAUGGCCUGCUAACUGCAGCCAGCCUUGGAGGAUCUCUCAGCCACUGACAGCUAGAUGAGAGAGACAGCCAUGAAGCCGUUUUCCCAGAAAGCUCAAUGCAGCCAUCCUUACUGUGACAGACUGGAAGCAUGCAUCAAGCUCACACAAAAAGUUAGCCUGCUUACAACAGCAGGUCUCAGCUACGAGUGACAUUUUGCGUGCUUUGAUUUAAAGGCAAUUUCCAGCAUAAAGCUGGCCUUGCCAACCCAUGGCCUAUUGAACAAUCUCCUUUACACGCAUAACUAAUCCUUUUCUGAACCUGCACCACUGACAGAUUCAUUCUCACUCCUUAGCUCUUGGGUUUUUUUGUCUCUUUGCUGGUUUCCUGUAGCCUUCUUACUCUCAGGCAAGAACUACUGAACUACUCCAUGGUUUCCCAGGAAAUGCUUAGGACAGUCUGAUGCGUAAAAGAGCAAGUAUCUUCCAAAAUCUUACCCCCAGGGGACAUUCAGCUGUGCAGGCUAAGUUGAAAGUAAUGUAUUACUUGUGUGCAUUUUAUGUGGCUUCUCGAUCACUCUCUAUCACAGCAACCUCACCACCACUAAUGGAUUUUACUGUCACACUAACAAGCCUUGACAAAUGUUAACAUACCUUGCUCCAAGCUGAGUGAGCAGCCCACACAGAGGUGCCCUGUACUCCAAGCAAGCAGCUUACUCUUGGUAUUACAAUCACCACAGUCUCAAUGCUCUCUGCUUCCUGAGUCAGGCUCACCUGCAAAGUCCUGCUCUUCAUUCCUUCCCUCUCUCCACUCUUUUCCUUUCUUACUUGCACAGAUGUAAUUCCAGGUUAGAUGUACCAUUAGUUCUUGCCUUGGUUUAUAGUUUGUACACAGAGGUGCCCCUGCUGACAGCUCAGAGUUUCCACCACUGAAAAGUAGCAUAACAGAGUGGUGAAUACAUUAAUAAAACAUUGAUUUUUUUAAAGAUAGAUAAAAGGUAGAGAAGUCUAUUUGUAGUGAUCCCUGCCAUUAAAAAUUAACACAGAGACAGCAGGCUGAUGAUGGUUCAGUUGAUAAGAGCAAACCAUUGUGCAGCAGAACUCCCACAGAGAGCUACUCAUCAAUUUGCUUGAUGGUGGUGUAGGCAAAAGAGAGAUCACAGACCCUUAUCCGGUGAGUCUCCCAGUAAUACGUGCUGAGCUCUUAGAGAACACUGUUAGACUUCAGCUAAUCCUACAGUGGAGAGAAAAUAUGAGAAAUAGAGACUGAAGACAAGUCAUAUUUUGUGGUUCCCUCUAAUCAUUUUCCACAGUUUAGGUGUCUUUACAGUAAGAUAAACUGCCUUGGUUUUCAAAAACAAGUAUCUAUAGGGAGUUUAACUAACACUCCUUUUGUAAAUCCCAGUAACUGCAAGAAAAACAUAGUUAGGGGAAAAACAAAUGAACAAAAAAGCCCCAACCAAACAAAAAAAAACCCCAGGUCACAUAUUGCUGCUAAUAAUUCUUUUUUAAAUACUAUCCUUACACUACCAACUGAGAUGCUACUGCAACUGGUUUAUAAUUCUGACUGGACUGUUUUCUAUAUUUGAUGUUAUUAACUCUCUUCACACGGGCCAAACAGAUCUUACGGUGCUUACAGCAUUACCAGCACAAUCCAAUUUCAAACCUCUGAACAUACUACAUAUUACAAGCCUCAGACUUACCAUAUUUUCUUUUGAAGAGCAUUGCAUCCUUUCUCUGCUGACAAAGUCAGAAGAUUUUUGUGAUAUGUAACAGCAACAAUCUUUUUAAAAAACAAACAAAAAAAAGAUAGUUCCAUGUUACACAUAAAACUUCGAGUUAAACUGGUUGAUUAUAAAUAAGUAACCUGUAGUAUAUCAUAUCCAUUUAAAAGGCUGCUGAUAUUGUAUGUAUGCAGAGCAACACAGAAGUCAUUCCAAUUGCUUCUAUUAGUGUCUUGUCACUUUUAGUAAAGACUUUACUAUAAUUUUGACUUCUUAUCUUUAAACAUAAAGGAGGAUUCAAUACAUUUACAUUAAAGACAGAACCAAAGGCAAUAAAGGAGCAAUUCUAAUUUAUUCUCAUUGCUCUUUCUGCUUAAUAACAAGAUGUGAAGGCAUAGGACAUAUGGCUGCACCUACUGAAUUCAGCAGCAUCAAGAUUUAGCUUUUUAGAUUCAGUCCAAUAUACUUUUGGCUUUUUAUCAGCACAAUUGUAAUGAAAUAUAUACAUAUAUAUAUAUUUAGUAGAAUAUGGUUUAUUUUCCUGUACUGCCACUAGCAGCCAAAUCUUAUUACUUAUACAACAGAAUUACUUAGCUCCACAUCAUAUAAUGCACAAUCACUGAAAUUCAGUCCUGUUUCUGUUCUGUGAAUACUUCUUUGGUUCUCCCUCUCAGAUCAUACAAACUCAUAAAGGUUUAUUCUUUCAUUGAAUAAUUAGCAUUUAACUGCAGCAGUGUAGGAUUAUAAUAUAGACAGGAAGGAACUGCACAGAGUCUGUAAAAUAUUUUGUCUUGCAUCAGCAGUAGGGUUGCUUUGCAGAUCCACUCAAACUCCCCUCUCUUCUCACAAACUGGUUACACUUUGUCCAUGCCAACAACCUCCUGUCCUACCCUGUGAACGUGGUAAGAGGCAAGCCCAGAGCCACCUUUCACUUACCCCUUUGCUUCGUUGUUGUGCUAUGCUAUGAAUGUGGCACCAAAGGUAAGCAAGAGAAAUCAGGUGUUGAUUGUGGUGAUUAUUUUAAAACUAGACUCUUUAUUUGCUUAGUCAGCAAGGAUUUGCUAAGUGUGAAUGAUCUUCAUAGAUACUGAAGUAGACAAUUCACAGCUAGAAAACAAGUCGGGACCUGCCAUGGGAAAUUUGUUUGGAUUCCAUUGUGAAUUUUCCUAACUUGUCACUGGUAUCUUAACACAGUGGGCAAGUCUUCUCAGUUCUUUGAAUUUUGUUGCUGCAAUUACAGUGAUACAUUUUUGUGCAUUCAUAUAAAGAACAAAAUUUAAAAUAUACAUUUUAUUUUUUAAAAGUUAUUAAAUAUUCUUUAAA